AUGAGUAGAAGAGGAUCUGAUCAACAAAAAGUAUUUGAUCAAGAAAGGAAUGCAAGAAAUCUUACCUUUGAUGAAAUGUGUAACAGGAUAGAGGUAUGCAUCCAAGACCUUGGUGAUAAAAUUAAAACAGCAACAAUUAAAAAUUUUUAUAAUAAUAGCACUAGUUGUAAAAGUUUCACACUUAAUGAUAUAGAUAGAUGGUUAGAUAACAUGGAGUAG